AUGUCUUCUCAAGGAUCUAACAAUAAUGGUUCAUCUAAGGGUGCGAAUGACUCUUAUUCCACUGGAACCAACCCGCAAGGAAAUCAUUGGUGCCAUCGCGGUCCUUCUGAAGCAAGUGGGGUGUAUACCCCACCUUCUGAAAAUCCAAGAACCUCUCGUUGA